CGCGCCUUCCGAGUAAUUUAUUAUUGCAAUUAUAAUAUGAAUUGUGGUUGGUCAAUUGAUCACGUGGUACUUUAUACUUGAUACAUGAUAGGUUAGCUUCUUUCAAUCGUGAAAGUGUGACACAGCCCAAAUAUAAUUUUCGAUCGUAUGUAUGGUACAAAUAAUGUACAAUCAAGAGGAAAUGUGCGAAGGAUUAUAUACGUAGCUGUGGAUUAACUGUUAUAAAGCGCCGGAUGUAUUAUUAGAAUAACUCUAAUUACAUAUAGGUGGAAUUAUACAUAUAUGAAGGAUCGAAUAAAGCCGAUUUGUACUUGAGGAAAGUUAUAAACUAUUUGAUACAAUUGAAUUUAUUUGACAUAUGAAGCAUCCAAAAUGGAUUAUGAUAAGGUCGUAACAAAUUUGCGUGCAGUAUUACUGUCCGCUAAAGGAGGUAUUCCCAUAAAUGAAAUAAACCAAGAUUUUAAAUUAAUUAUUGGGGAAAAUAUACCAUAUCGCAAACUUGGCUAUCAAUCUCUGGAAACUUUCUUAAAGUCAAUAUCUGGAAUUAAAAUUAUUAAUAAAGGUAGACAAACGUUCGUAGAAGUUUCUAGUGAAAAGUCUUCUCAUCUUUCUAAACUAGUAUCACGACAGAAGAGUAGGAAAAAGAAAAGUUUCCAUCACAAUUCAAUGCCAUGUCGAAUUCCACGUUUAACCAGGAAGGUCGUUGACUCUGGGAAAAAUGUUAAUGCAAAUUCUUCCAUGCUAACUAAAAAUUCGAUGAAAAACAACGCUAGUUUCAAACAAGAAAAGAUCAUACCUCUCUUGCAAGUUCCAACAGAAUAUGCACCUCUUUCUUCUUUAGAAAGACCCAGAUAUAUUCAAGCGGCUUCAGAAUCAUUUACUUCUCCUAGCAAAAAAUUGAAGGAUAGAAAAUCAAAUACUAUUCAAAUGAUAAUUAAUCAAAAUGUUAAUAAAUUUAACAACGAUAUCUUUUCUAAAAACAAUGGCAAUAGUGACAAGUCUUCUCAACCUGCGAUAACAUUUAAACCAAACACCCUGCAAGAACAUUUAAAAGUUUGUAAUAAUGAAAAAUCGUCUUCCAAUAUAAGCGGAAGGCUUAAAAUUAAUUCAAACAUUCCAUCCCAUUCUCUUAUAUGUAAUAACGUAUCGACGCCUACAAAUUCUGAAAUACUAUCGCCAUUAUCUCCUGCGCAACUAAUAGGAAACAAAUUAAAAUCAUCUUCGACCACAGAACCAUUAAAAAUCUUGGUGCAAGAAACUAAUCAGAAAGAAACAGUUUUGAAAUCAACUUUGGUAUUCAAAGAAGAUCCAAGACAUCAAUUAAGUAUCUGUGCAAAGAAUUUUAAUUUACCCGAACCUAUAUACAGGAUAUUAUCAACAACUGAUAAAAGUCCAACGGUAAUGGCUAUAUAUGCUCAUGUCAAGAUAGGAUCGUACGGAUAUAGUAAUUAUCCACACGAUGCAAGUUCCAACGACGAAGCUCAAAAAUUAGCAGCUAAAAUAGCAUUGAAGGAUCUUAUUGAUAAAUUUGGUUCAUUGUCUAACGUCACGGAAACUAUCGAUAAAAAAUUAAUACAAAAUCGUAUAAAACAAAUCGUGGAUACUCACAUGAAUGGAGUUUUCAAAGAUCAAAUACCUGCAUAUUACAAACAAAGAUACGGAGGGUGCUUACCUGCAGGUUGGUUUAAUAUCAUUGAAGAAUGCCCUGAGAUUAUAUUAGAGAAAGGUGCUGAUAAUUCUAUUAUUUUACAACGAUAUGAGAUUCGAACGGAAAAGGCAUUCCAUCCCAUUUCAACAAAAUCGGAUAAAAUAUUAUUGAAUCCGAUAGGAUCAAUAAUACCAGGACAAUUGCAAUUGCCUGAAGAUCAAUAUUGGAUUGUAUAUGUUUGUAAUAUCAUGAGUACAGUCGAUGUUUGGGUUCGAAUUGGUGGUGCUAAUUAUAGCGACAAAUUUGAUAUUAUGAUAGCCGAUAUGAUGGAAUAUUAUGGUAGAAGCCAAUCUUCUGUUAAAUUAGUCGAGAUAGGAGGUUAUUAUGCAAUAUUCGAAGAUGAUUCUUGGCAUAGAGUUCGUUGUGAAGAAUUCGAUAAUACCACUGGGGUUGUUACUGUCUUAUUCAUCGAUCAUGGCGAUGAAGUUAAACGUUCCUUAAGAGAUUUACGUAUAUUGGAUAAAAAGUUUUGCAGCUUACCGGCUCAAGCAAUACGUGUUUGUUUAGCUGGUUUGGAAGACUUGCGAGAUUAUGAAGCUGUUUUACCUCGUAUAGAAUAUUUAUUACUUGGCUUAAGUUUUUAUGUCGAAGUUCUUAAUCAUGGCUUUGAUAAAGAUGGUCCAUACGCAACGGUUAACUUUUACGAUACAACUGGUCCGGAAGAUGUCAAUUUAAAUAAAGUUCUAUAUAAACAGAUAUUAAACGAUGUAGCUUCAUCACAAAUGGAGCUUACAGAGGAUGUUACAGAAGUUUUAGUCUCGUACGUAGACAAAAAUGGCGAUAUUUACAUUCAGAUGCAAACGGAGGGAAUGAAGUACUUAUUUGGUUUGAUAAAUCGGUUGACGCAAACUAGAUUAACUGAAGAUAUUUUGGGAAACAGUACAGUUACUGUUAUUGACAGAAUGAAAAAAUAUCUUGUAUCCUUCAAUGGAAAUUGGUAUAGAGGAGAAGUGGCGAAUAUUUAUCCAAAUAGUCAAAUUAAGAUGUUCUUAAUUGAUUUUGGCACUACAGUGAUUGUGAAUAAAGCCAAUUUAUUGCAUUUGGAAUACCUUUCUGAUUUGUUAAAUAAAUUUCCUGCACAGGCUAUUAAAGUAAAUCUCCACGAUAUUGAGAAAUCAAUGUUUAAUGAGAAGAUGGUUUCUCGGCUAAGGAAGCUUGUUCCACAUGGUCAACCGAUUCUUAUAAAGGCGAUUUCACAUUCGUCUGUCAAUACACCAUUAGUAGAAAUAUUUAAACGUAUUCAACCUGAUAACAUUCUUGCUUCUAUUAAUACUACCUUAGUUUACGAAGAACUCGAAAGAACUAUUGGAGAUGGUAAUAACAAUGUCAAGUUGAAAAAACGUAUUACGUCUCGAGUUGCAACGAAUGAAAACGACGAUGUUAUAAAAACAUUAAAGCCUCCGAAGAUCGCAGGAAUUCGCGAAUUUUUUGAUGUACAUGUUACAAUGGCUGCCAAUCCUGGAAAUUUUACUGUUCAACCGCUCGAUGACAAACGAUCUUUAGAGGUAAUGAUGAUCGAAUUACAAAAAGUUUGUUUGACUUAUCAAGGAUUGUAUCCAACGAUUGAAUCGAUUAAAGAAGGCAAUUUUUAUGCGGCUAAACAUAAAGAUAAGCAUUGGUAUAGAGUAAGCGCUAUGAAUAUUAUCGAUGAAAAUAUGGUUACGGUAUAUUUCUGUGAUUUCGGUGACGUAUGUAUUCUAUCAUUAGACAAAUUACAACCUUUGAAAAGUCAGUUUUUAGAAUUACCAUAUCAAGCGAUAAAGGCCAAGCUAGUCGGAAUAAGGCCUAUUAACAAGGAUUGGUCGGUGGAAGAUUGCUUAAGAUUUCAACAGUUGGUAUUAGAAAAGAACUUUGUAUCUAUAAUCAUUGAAUCGACUCGCGACGACAAAAAUCCUGUUGAAACUAUACUUGGUCUAAAAUUGAUAGACGUAGAGACAUCGGAAGACAUUUUCAUUGAUCAACUUUUAGUAGACGAAAAUCGUGCUGUAUUUAUAGACUGAAUUGAUUAUCCUAGUAAUAAAUCAGGAUAGUAAUACCAAAAGUUAUUAUACAUUUCUACAUUGAAACAAAAGUAAUAAGAUAAAAAAAAUGAUAAAAAAAAAAUGAUAAAA